AAUGGCAUGUAGACAUGCCAGAGGGGUCCCUAGAGGCGAUGUCCGGGUACUCCUGAUGGAGUUCUGGGAAGUGCAAUAGAGACGUGGAUUGGGCUAGAGAGGCCCGGAGGUGGGGGAGGGUAAAUAAAAUCGGUCGCCUGAGUGGCUAGAGAGGUCGGAGGUAAGUGGCUGUAGAAGUCGGGCGGACCCGGAAUACGGAGGAAUCAGGACCAUGACGUACUCCUAUUUAUUCAAAUACAUAAUUAUUGGAGACACAGGAGUGGGGAAGUCGUGUCUCCUCCUGCAGUUUACGGACAAGCGGUUCCAGCCCGUGCAUGACCUCACAAUAGGUGUAGAGUUUGGAGCCCGUAUGGUCAACAUUGAUGGAAAACAGAUCAAAUUACAAAUUUGGGAUACGGCUGGGCAAGAAUCCUUCCGUUCUAUCACCCGUUCCUACUACAGGGGAGCAGCGGGAGCACUCCUGGUGUACGACAUUACAAGGCGUGAAACCUUCAACCACCUGACAUCAUGGUUAGAGGAUGCCCGUCAGCACUCCAGCUCUAAUAUGGUUAUCAUGCUGAUUGGGAAUAAGAGUGAUCUAGAGUCCCGCAGGGAUGUGAAGAGAGAGGAAGGAGAGGCCUUUGCUCGGGAGCAUGGAUUGAUCUUCAUGGAGACUUCAGCCAAAACCGCCUGCAAUGUUGAAGAGGCUUUCAUCAAUACUGCCAAAGAAAUCUAUAGGAAGAUCCAGCAGGGUUUAUUUGAUGUUCACAAUGAGGCAAAUGGUAUCAAGAUUGGGCCCCAGCAGUCAAUUUCGACAUCAGCCGGACCUGGUGCCUGCCAGCGGAACAUUCGGGACACAGGGUCUGACUCUGGCUGCUGCUGAACAUCUGAUCCAAACUUUUUUUCCCCCAUUCCUGGAACAGCUUUUGCUCAAUAGGUUUUAAAAAAGAGUCUUACUUGCUUUGGCUGAGUACAGCCUCUUUUUAAGGUGUGAUGUUUGCCUUUUCCACUUAAAGACCAGGGGAGAACCGGGGCCCAUCCCCACCUGUCCUUCUUCAGGGACGUGAGCAUUCCCUAUAGACUAGGGAUGUUUUCAUCAUUUUAAUUUAUAAAAUGUUAGGCUCAAAGUUGAUUGCCAUGGUAAUUCAAAAUAACUUCAUAAGCAUACACAUUCUGCUCCCGCUAGGAGGAAGGGUAAGUAGUAGCAAGGGUGUUCUGCUCGAACAGUAGAGAUUCCUGGCUCUGGCUUCCCAUUUGAACAUGAUCCUCUGCUUAGGAAUCUCAUGUUUUCUUUUAAACUUCGUUGCCUUCAAGAGGCUACUGCCACUUCAUCAGAGCUCUUAUACACGGCAGUUCCUUCGACUGGCCCGAGGAAGCUGAGUACUCUCCUGACCCAUUGUGAGUGUCUGUCUCUUAGAGUUAACUGCCAGACUCUGAGAGCUGUGGAAUUGGUCCUAGACCCUUGGCUGUUUAUUCUUGCCGAAAACACAUGUCAUUCCCUGUUCAUUUAUUUUAGGGACCAAGUCAAACAUUGCAGUAUCUUUCACCAAAUUGACCUCACACUUCUUAACUAGACCUAUUUGAACUUUCUACCCUAAUCAAGCUAAUUUGCUUAUUAUACAUGCCAUAUUCAUUCUUCAUUAUAUACCUUUGUAUAUUCUGUACUAUGAAGAGAGACAUUGUGACAUUAUAAUCAAAAGAACAUUUUUUUCCUUUAGGAAGGCUUCCAUGACUCACCUAAGGACUUCAAGUGAUUAUUGCCACAUUACCCAUUAGCUUUCCUAUGUUAUUCAGAUGGAUAUUUAUUUGUAUGUAUGUAACUUUGUAAAUAUGUUUUGUAGUUUCAUGUCUGGGAUCUCCUUAUUUAGGCUGUAAGCUCUAUGAGAGCAGGGUCCAUGUUAUUCCUUUAUUUUUAUAAACCUACUUCCCCCACUGGCCAGUCACAGUGCCUAGUACCACCCAUUAUGUGAUCAUUAAGUUUGACUGACAUACUUAAAAACUUCAGAUUUUAGAUUUUGGAGAGAGCAGAAGGCCUUAAAGUGAUCUCCUCAUAGUUCUACCAUCUCUUCCAUCAGAUUGCCCUAGGUCUGUCUGGCUCUUCUGUCUUGCCUUUCUCUAGCUCACUGCCUCCAUUCUAUGCAGUAGGCAGUAAGGCUGCCUGCUACCAGGCAGCCAGAAAAGUGGGUAUUUUUGCAGUCCUCCAUUUUUGAGUAUAUAAUACUGUCUUAGCCACAUUGCCUUCACUUCACACAUCAUACAGCCUUCUGGGUCAGUUGCUUUUUGCUUAAUGUCUCCUCUUCCACAGCACUGAGGUCUCUGAAUUUUUCUAAUUUUUGUUGUUAAUGAAUUGUUUCAUUAUUAAAUAUAUGCAUGUAU